AUUCUGCAAACCUGGGGACAACACACAAGAAUCCAGGACAGACACAACAUGGCGGAAGCGGAGGACAGCGACUCAACUUCGGGUGGAAUCUUCCAGGAGAUAUUCACGUCCCCUCUCAACCUGACCCUGCUCAGCCUAUGUCUAUACCUGCUCUACAAGAUCUUCCGUGGGGAUAAACCCCCGGAGGUGGACGAGGGCGAGCAGCCGCUGGUCAAACUGAAGAAGAGAGACUUAACCCUGGCGGAGUUGAAGCUCUACGACGGAGUGCAGGACCCCAGGAUCCUCAUGGCCAUCAACGGCAAAGUGUUCGACGUGACCCGGGGGAAGAAGUUCUACGGGCCAGAGGGGCCGUACGGAGUGUUUGCGGGUCGAGAUGCAUCCCGAGGCCUGGCCACUUUCUGCCUGGAGGAAGACGCCCUGAAGGAGCAAAACGACGACUUGUCCGACCUGACGCCGGCACAGCAGGAGAGCCUCUCUGAGUGGGAGACGCAGUUCACAUUUAAAUACGACUACGUGGGCAAGCUUCUGAAGGAGGGCGAGGAGCCCACAGAGUACACGGACGACGAGGAAGCAAAGGACAAGAAAUCCGACUAAAGAAUGGAGGAAUGUGGCGGCGGCCUUAAUGUUCUACCUUCUGUCUUGUACACUUGAAGGUGACAUAUACUGCCUGGCAUUUCUGCUGCUGUGUAACCUUGUCAACUUUUUUUAUAUAAAUGUACUAAUGGAGCUCCUGGUGAAAGGCCACGUGGUCCCAUGACUGACCUAAUACUUCCUGCAAAGGGACCAAUCAGAGGCUCGGUGAGACAUUUCAGGAAGAAGAUGACUUCAUAGCAGGGGUCUCAAACUCGCAGCACUUUUUCUUCUUUUUUUUUAGGUGUCGUGCAGGGCUGUCCAAAUGUCUUAAUGGCCCGCGGCACGUUCAAAAUAAAAAAAACAUUAAAAAGUGGAAUAAAAGAGCACACAGGUGAAAUGUUGACUAAUAACACAAAGAUUUACAUUUUCGUCUUAAAACUGUUAUUGCUCAAAAAUAAAUAAUGAAUCCAAAUCAGUUUUGGUAUUAACUUUGAAAUAUUUUGGGGGUAUUUUCUGAUUUUGACAUUAAAAACAAUUACGUUUCCUAUGAUAAAGAUAAGAUAAACAAACAAAAAAUGUCUUGUAUUCAACCGAUUUGAAGUUAAUCUAGAAAAUGUAAGCGUUAAAGGUGGAAAAAAAUUAAAUAAUGUAUGACUUAUUUUUAAUACUUUAAGAUCCCUGAGAAUUUAGUCAUUGCUCAAAAAUUAAUAUUAAAUCAAAAUCAAUGUUAUGAAUUAUUGACCUAUUUACUUCACAUCUAAUAUUCUACUGUGAAGUAUUUUUUGGGGAAAAUAUUGCAGAUUUUGAGUUUUUGCCAUAAAAAACUUUAAAUUUUCUAUGACAAAAACGGCAUAAGAUAAACAUACAAAAAAUAACUUGUAGUAAUCGACAAAUUGGAAGUUUAUUUAGAAAAUGUAAGCAUUGAAGGUAAAAAAAAUAAUGUAUAACUUAUUUUUAAUACUUUUAAGAUCCCUGGGGAAUUAAGUGGGAUUUUUGUCUAAACUGGCAUUGCUCAAAAAUAGUAUGAAAUCAAAAUCAAUGUUAUGAAUUAUUGACCUAUUUACUUCACAUCUAAUAUUCUACAGUGAAGUAUUUUUUGGGGAAAAUAUUGCACAUUUUGUGUUUUUGCCUUAAAAAACUUUAGAUUUUCCAUGACAAAAACGGCAUAAGAUAAACAUACAAAAAAUAACUUGUAGUAAUCGACAAAUCGGAAGUUUAUUUAGAAAAUGUAAGCUUUAAAGGUAAAAAAAAAAGACUUAUUUUUAAUACUUUUAAGAUCCCUGGGGAAUUAAGUGGGAUUUUUGUCUAAACUGGCAUUGCUCAAAAAUAGUAUUAAAUCAAAAUCAAUGUUAUGAGUUAUUGACCUAUUUACUUCACAUCUAAUAUUCUACUGUGAAGUAUUUUUGGGGGAAAAUAUUGCAGAUUUUGUGUUUUUGCCUUAAAAAACUUUACAUUUUCUAUGACAAAAACGGCAUAAGAUAAACAAACAAAAAAUAACUUGUAGUAAUCGACACAUCUGAAGUUUAUUUAGAAAAUGUAAGCGUUAAAGGUAAAAAAAUAAUGUAUGACUUAUUUUUAAUACUUUUAAGAUCCCUGGGGAAUUAAGUGGGAUUUUUGUCUAAACUGGCAUUGCUCAAAAAUAAUAAUAAAUUAAAAUCAAUGUUAUGAAUUAUUGACCUAUUCACAUCUAAUGUUCCACUUUAAAUUAUUUUUUUGGGGGUGGAAAUGUUGCAGAAUUUGUUUUUUUGCCAUAAAAAAAUGUACAUUUUCUAUGACGAAAAUGGCAUAAAAUACACAAAAUUAUAUAAUAAAAACGUAUAAUCGACAGAGAUAGAUCUGAAGUUGAUCUUGAGAUUUAGGCUUUAAAAGUGGAAAAAAUAAAAAUGUAUGAGUUUUUUUUUUACUUUUAUGAAUGGGGCCCUUUUAGAUCCCAGAGAAUUUUAGUGGGAGAAUUUUUUUAAAUUGUCCUUUUUCAAAAAUGUAUAAUUAAUCGGAAUCAGUUUUGGUAUUAACAUUAAUAUAUAUUUUUUGGGGGAAAAUAUUGCCUAUUUUGUGUAUUUUGCCAUAAAAAAAUUAAGUUUUCUAUGACAAAAUCGGCGUAAGAUAAGCAAAGAAACAAAAAGCCAAUUUAUAAUCGACAUACAGAUCUGAAGUUAAUCUAGAAAAUGUAAGCGUUAAAGGUAGAAUAAUUUUUUUUUAUGUAUGACUUAUUUUUAAUGCUUUUAGAUCCCUAAGAAAUUUAGUGGGAUUUUUUACUUUUUUUUACUUUCACUGUUGAAAAAGUUCUAAAUCAAUGUUAUGACUUAUUGACCAAUUACUUCACAUCAAAUAUUCUACUUUGAAGUAUUUUUUUGGGGGGAAAUAUUGCAUAUUUAUUUUUUUCCAUUAAAAAAAAUGUGAUUUCUAGGACAAAAACACCACAAAAUAAACAAAAUUAUAAUUAAACGAAUAAUCGACGGAUAGAGAUAGAUCUGAAGUUGAUCUAGAGAUUUAGGUGUUAAAAGUGAAAAAAUAAAAAAGGUAUGAUUUCUUUUUUUAACACUUAAGAGUGGGACACUUUUGGAUCCCUGAGAAUUUUAGUGUUUUUUUUUGGUGUUUUUUUUAACU